GGCAGCUGGGGGUUGCCGCGGCGCCGGGAAGCCCCGCUGCGAAGCGGAGAUGGCGGACGAGGCGCUCUUCCUGCUGCUGCACAACGAGAUGGUGGCGGGGCUGUACCGCGCCGCCGAGCAGGGCGAAGGGGAGAACGGCCGCUGCACCACCAAGCUGGAGAGCAUGGGCUUCCGCGUCGGGCAGGGGCUGAUCGAGAGGUUUACAAAAGAUACUGCCAGGUUCAAGGAUGAAUUAGAUAUUAUGAAGUUCAUUUGCAAAGAUUUUUGGACAACUGUUUUCAGAAAACAAAUAGAUAACCUAAGGACUAAUCAUCAGGGUAUUUAUGUCCUUCAAGACAAUAAAUUUCGUCUCUUGACACAAAUGUCUGCAGGAAAGCAGUAUUUAGAACAUGCACCAAAGUAUUUAGCAUUUACCUGUGGACUAAUCAGAGGAGGCCUAUCGAAUUUGGGAAUAAAGAGUAUUGUAACAGCUGAAGUUUCAUCAAUGCCUGCAUGUAAAUUUCAGGUGAUGAUACAGAAGAUGUAGAGCACAUUUAAAUCUGGCUACAACUCACUUCUGUAAUGAAUGUGUGCAGGAGGAUGAUUAGGCCUGCAAGAAGCUAUAAAGACAUCACCAAGACUCUUGAGGACAUUGGGGUUUGCUAGAUACUACUUGUUACAAGAUUUGCGUAACAAUACAUAUCUUGCUAUAGGUAAGAAUGGAAACAUCUUGUUAAAACUUUUAAUGAAUUUUGCUGUAAGACCUUUCUGUUGGCAGGCUCAGGCCUUAUACUUUCAAAUGAAUCAUAAUAGGCACUUAUGGUGUUUAUUCUGAACUGUGAGAAUGCCUUGUGACAGUGAUUCAGUUUCUACUUUGAGAGCAGUAACAGGCUAACUAGAAAAGCUAACAUGUUAAAACAGCAGCUUUGUUAUAACUACCUUCUGUGUUGGGAGAAGUGUAUGUUGUCCAGUUGCAUGGUGGGCAAGAACAGUGGAGGCUGUUCUUCCCUAAGCUCUAGGGAAGGUCUGAAGUUUGCAAUGGAUCAAACCUUGUCUAGAUAGCUGUUACAAGCUGCCAAGCUAUAGAUUAUAAAUGUUAUAACCAGGAGUUUAUUAGACUUGAUCUUAAGAUGUGACCAAAUGCUGAUCUUUCUGGGUAUGUGAAUGCUAGUUCAGAUUAGUUGUAGCUGAGUAACUUGACAGUUCUAGGAAACAUCUAGAGCAGAAUUUGAACUAGCAGAAUGCUGUCCCUGUUUAUAGAACUAGCAAAGAUGAAAGUAACUACAGUUGUAUGGUACUUGGUGGGGGAUCAGCUGUUCAGCUGAUUAAAAAUACUGGGUUCUUAUACUGGUAGUUUAUAGGAAGGCUCGGGUUGUUGUUAACCUU